CAUGGAAACCAAGUAGACACCGGACUUUAGAUGGCUUCCGCCGUAGUAACACAUGUAAUUACGUACGGUUGGUACGGUGACCACCAUAAUAACAGCUGUUCCCGAUAGCGAUAGUUGCGUGCGACAAAUGCUAUGGACGAAGCGAGUCCCCUCGGAGUUUUUCUCGUCAAAUCUGGCAGCAAAGGCGACCGCCUUCUCUUCCGUUACCCGUACGCCCUAGACACGCAAAGUGAAACGAAUGUUAACAAAAAGCGCAAGAAUCCAUAUUCGCUCUUAGUGAGCGAAGAUACCAUUGGAGCCAAAACGGCCGAAACCUCACAUAAAAACUUGGCAAGUUUGGUGCAGAUCUCGGACAAAGCCCUGUCGAACUUAUUUGCCACAAAAAGUGAGCUGUGCAAUCAGAAGUUUGAAGUGAAGGUGAAUAAGGUUCGCUUCGUGGGUCACCCGAUGCAACUGUCACGUCAAGUGGCCACCUCCAUCCUCAUGUUUAAUGUCGUAUUUGCAUUGAGGGCCAACGCAAGCCAAGACAUUGUCAGCUUCUACCAUGACUUCACACACAAGAUUGCCAUCGCACUGAGGGCUGAGGAUAAGCGCUGCAACUACCUCAGCACAGAACUACGGAGCAUGCUGCAGGCUCACGAUGACACUGUAGCCAUGCCCGAAGAUAGUGAAGAAUCUCCUUACCACUUGAUCCUGAAACGCAGCCAGUUGGCUAGGGACCUUCAACGGGCAUAUAAUGAAUUGCACAGCAGUGGAUCUGUUCACUUGCGCAUCAACAAGUGGAUCAACGUCUCUUUCUGUCUUCCAAACAAGGUUCACAGACUGAGUCUCACCAAAAAUUCGGUAAAGGCUGAUGCAAUUCAGAAAUGCCUUCUGCAAUUGAGGCCGUACCAUGCAUUGCUCCUCCUGGUGGACUCUCGAGAGUUGACUGAAAGUUUACCCAACGAUUCCUCCGCUGCACUGGUGAGGCUGGUGGCAGUGGCCAGUCCGGUACGCAGCUUGGCCCAACUGGCUGCAGACUCUGACCUCACUCUCAAACAGGUGUUCCAGUUGGCAGCACACCUAGUGUAUUGGGCAAAGGCAACCAUCAUAUAUCCGCUGUGCGAGAGCAAUUGCUAUGUGCUGGCUCCGAAUGCUCCAACUGAUAUAAAUUCUCCUAUACAUGAAAGGUUUGCAGAGAAGUUCCCAGGUGUGUCACUUCCUGCUUUCAUGUCCAAGUUCUCAGUGCCAACAUCACUAAGCCAGCUAAACGAUCCCAUGGACCUCAAGAAUGAGAGGAAGCAACUUCUGCAAAUCCUCGUAUGGAUGCUUCAAGAACACAUCCUCAUGCAACUGCACACCUACAUCUACCUGGUCGCUGCAGAGCACCACAUGGAAAUUAUGGCCCAUGACCUGGCCAGUUCUGUCACAGAUGCUGCAGCUGGCAGCCCCUCGAGUCAGUCGGACGAUGGCCGUGCGGGACUCAGCUGGGAAGAAAAGGAAGCCCUGCAGCGGGUAUCUGCUUAUAGGAAUCCAGAGGACAGGAAGCUUUUCCUCAGGUUGUGUCCAAGGUUCCGUGGUCAGCAUCACAUGGAGGAAAUUAUGUACUAUGAGAAUGUAAAGCGAAGCCACCUGCUGGCACUGCUGGACAAGUUCCGAGAUGUACUACUCACCGUUCAACACCAGGAUCCCAGCAUCUCUGUUUUCUACAGCUAGGCGAAAGAGAGAGCAGGUGUGUACAUAUUAAAGAGUCUAAUAAAUUGUACAAAGCUUUGAAGAAAGUAGUUAUAGCAGUUUUGCUCAUAGAAGCCACUGCUCAGGUUGUUUUAUGUUUGCAUUUGUGCUGCUAUAUCCAUAGAGCAGAGCUAUUGUAGCUCAGUGUAUACAGGCUCUUCCUCUCAAAAUAAAGUUGUUGUGUAUACAGACAACAUUUAACUAUUAGGUAUUUUUAAUAAAGUAAAAUGAAGCCAAGCUUUCAAUUUUAUCAUUUUGAAAGCGUACAUUGCUUCUUCGCAUGAUGAUGUGCAGAAAUAAAGAAAAAUGGAAAUUCUUUAUCCUCCAAGC